AUGGAUCCCUCAGGACUAUGUUCGAACGAUUCUUUUGAUCUUCCUUGUUCAGAGUGCUCAAAGUGCCAGCUGAAGGAAGAAGUUAUAAACGAAAUACUUCUUUCAGAUUUUAAAUUGGGCAUAGCUAGUCGAGAAGGAGAUGCAGGAAACCAAGAAGUGGAUGUGGGACGUGCUGUGAAGGCAAGAAGUGUGGAGAGCAAGGCAAGACAUAGGAGGCCCCUCUACGACAGAAGAGAUAGUGCGUGCGGUGCGUCGAGGUGUAAAGGUGAGCGUGUAACUAACUAUGAAGUGGAGAGCAAGGCAAGACAUAGGAGGCCCGUCUACGACAGAAGAGAUAGUGCGUGCGGUGCGUCGAGGUGUAAAGGUGAGCGUGUAACUAACUAUGAAGUGGAGAGCAAGGCAAGACAUAGGAGGCCCGUCUACGACAGAAGAGAUAGUGCGUGCGGUGCGUCGAGGUGUAAAGGUGAGCGUGUAACUAACUAUGAAGUGGAGAGCAAGGCAAGACAUGGGAGGCCCGUCUACGACAGAAGAGAUAGUGCGUGCGGUGCGUCGGGUGCAAGACAUAGGAGGCCCGUCUACGACAGAAGAGAUAGUGCGUGCGGUGCGUCGAGGUGUAAUGGUGAGCGUGUAACUAACUAUGAAGUGGAGAGCAAGGCAAGACAUAGGAGGCCCGUCUACGACAGAAGAGAUAGUGCGUGCGGUGCGUCGAGGUGUAAAGGUGAGCGUGUAACUAACUAUGAAGUGGAGAGCAAGGCAAGACAUAGGAGGCCCGUCUACGACAGAAGAGAUAGUGCGAGGCCCGUCUACGACAGAAGAGAUAGUGCGUGCGGUGCGUCGAGGUGUAAAGGUGAGCGUGUAACUAACUAUGAAGUGGAGAGCAAGGCAAGACAUGGGAGGCCCGUCUACGACAGAAGAGAUAGUGCGUGCGGUGCGUCGAGGUGUAAUGGUGAGCGUGUAACUAACUAUGAAGUGGAGAGCAAGGCAAGACAUAGGAGGCCCGUCUACGACAGAAGAGAUAGUGCGUGCGGUGCGUCGAGGUGUAAUGGUGAGCGUGUAACUAACUAUGAAGUGGAGAGCAAGGCAAGACAUAGGAGGCCCGUCUACGACAGAAGAGAUAGUGCGUGCGGUGCGUCGAGGUGUAAUGGUGAGCGUGUAACUAACUAUGAAGUGGAGAGCAAGGCAAGACAUAGGAGGCCCGUCUACGACAGAAGAGAUAGUGCGUGCGGUGCGUCGGGUGUAAUGGCAAGACAUAGGAGGCCCGUCUACGACAGAAGAGAUAGUGCGUGCGGUGCGUCGAGGUGUAAUGGUGAGCGUGUAACUAACUAUGAAGUGGAGAGCAAGGCAAGACAUAGGAGGCCCGUCUACGACAGAAGAGAUAGUGCGUGCGGUGCGUCGGGUGUAAUGGUGAGCGUGUAA